GGUCCAUUGAUUUAGUCAGCUAAACCAAGGCAUGCACACGCAGGCUCAUCCUUUCUGGAGACUAAGACAGCAUGACCGCCUCAUUCUCCAGUCGCAGUCUUGUGCUGGGCAGCAUGCCUACUGCAGUCUCUCAGAUGAUAAAUGGGAGGACUUCAAUGAGCAGGAUGAUGCCCAGUUUUCAGCCUGGCACAGGCGGCUUUGGUGGGCCGGUCUCCAGACAGACCCUCACAAAGGGCCUGGCUGCUGCCCUUGGUAACGGCGAAGUGAACACUCAGUCCAGUAGUCCUGACCCUUACACUGGUCUUGUUGGCAUCAAACCAAGUGACAAAGAAAACAUGCAGAACCUAAAUGCCCGUCUGGCCACCUACCUGAAGACUGUACACUCACUGGAAGCCGCCAAUGCCAGGCUGGAAAAGCAAAUCUGCGAUUUCAUGCAGGAAAGAUUAGCGAAGCAGGGCAACGACUACAGCGCAUAUGAGAAGACCAUUAGCGACCUGCAGACACAGGUGGGCAUCGCAAGCAGGAACAGGCAGAACAUCCUCCUGGAAAUUACCAAUUCCCAGCUAAAUCUGGAGGAUAAGAAAAAUACGUUUCAGAAUGAACAGGACUUGAGGUACCAAGCUGAAAGAGACGUAGCCCUGCUGAAGACGAUGCUGCAUACGCUGAGCCAAACCAAGACUGAGCUUGAGGUGCAAGUCAAGAGCCUGCAGGAUGAGAUCGAUGACCUGAAGAGCAACCACAGAAGGGAAAUUGAAGCCAUUAGCCAUCUGAGAAAAGAGGAAUCUAUUACUGUGCAGGUAGAAGACAUUGCCAGCACUGACCUGACCAAUGCUUUGGCUGAUAUCCGGAGUGAAUAUGAAAACUUCAUUAGUAAGCAGAGGAGACAGACGGAGGCCUGGAGUAACAGUAAGAUGCAGGCCACCACCUUCAGUCAGGCAAUGGCUAAAAGUGGCACAGAUGCUCAGAGCAGCAACAGCCAAGUCACUAACCUAACUGUUCAAGUGCAGGCCUUGGAGAUUGAACUGCAACUCUGUCACCGCAUGAACAAGUCUUUGGAGGACAUACUGCAGAGCACAGAGUCAAGUUAUUCAGACAAACUGAGGGAGCACCAGCAGAGGGCAGCCCACUUGGAAGAUGAACUGCGUGCACUGCGAGAUGAUAUCCAGCGCCAGGCCCAGGACUACCAGGUACUACUGGACAUUAAAAACCACCUCGAGACAGAGAUCACAGACUACAGACGCUUACUGGAUGGGCAGGAGACCAGCCAAAAAGACCUGGAAAUGACAGCGAUUUCCAACAACUGCCUCCCAGGCUUAAACUCAGUGCAACAAAGCAAGAUGGAGAGAGACAAAGCAACAGAGGAGAAGCCCAGGAUGGAUGGUCUGGGAGAGUCUGUGGUAAACCUGGAGCUGGAACCAGGCCCAGAAUUUGACAUUUGCCAGGAACUGGUAUUAGGAUUAGAGGUGUCAAUAACCAGUGAACAAGACCUACAAAAAGGGCCUCUGAUAAGUCAAGAACUGGAACCCAAACCAGUAUAUGCAUUGGCGACAGAGCUGGAGCCAAACUCAAAAUUAAAAGCUAGAUCCAGAUCCCACAGUGCUCCAAGAAUGUUUUAUACACAAAAUGAGAGAAUCAGACCCAGCAGUUGCAAAAAUGUUGAGCUGCCAAGGGAAAUAGAAUCUGCAACAGAUCUACAGGUGAAACUAGAACCUACGUUUUUCUUAAAUGCAGAGCUGGAAUGUACCACAGAGUCUUCAGUAAGUCUAGACCAAAAUCCAGAUCAAAGGCAUGCAACAGAUAUAGUGAAAUCACAAGAAUCAGCAUCUUCAAUAGAUUUGGAUCAGGAACAACAAUCUGAAUCUCUGCCCAACCAGGAGUUCAUUUUAGAAGUAAAGUCUUCCGUAAGCAUGGGAUCAGACCCCGAACAACAGUCUGUAAUAAGACAGGGGCUGAAACCUGAACCAGCUUCUACAUUAACUGCAGAGCUGGAAGCAGAAGCAGAAUCCACAAUAGGUCUGGAUUUGGUCUCUCUUACUGGCCAGGACCUGGAACUAAAACUAGACCCAUCAAUAAAUAUGGAAUCUGACCUUCAACCAGAAUAUGUAAUAAGUCAAGAACAAUUACCAGCAUAUGCAUUAACAGCACAGCUAGAGCAAGAAUCAAAGCCUGACAUAAGUCUUGAGCUAAAAUUAGCACAAGAGCCUGUACUACAUAUCGAAUUUGAACCAGAACCUGAAUCUGUAACACUUCAGGGGCUGACACCAGAAUCACAGAGUGCAAUUAAUGUGGAACAUCUUGAGUGACCAUGGUCCUCAAAUCUGAGCUAGAAGAGAAGUCAUGGCCAAUCACAGAAUUUGAGUCAGAAUCAGUUAAAAAAUAAACCUGAAAGCAGAGGAAGGAACACAUUUUAUAGUAAAUAUGAGUGGCAGAAUUUAAGUGGGAAUUGACCUUGGAGCCAGAAUUUUUAAUAAGGGUAAGAAAAAGAGUCUGAACAGAUUCAGGAGCCCUGCAUACAAGCCAAAGUCUACACCAGACAGGCUUAAGCAUUACUGCAAAUGUAAUAAGGACACCAUGUUUGAAAGGAGCUAGGCUGAGAAAUAAACCAAACUUCCCCUGAUUGUGAAUUUCAUGAAUUUAAUUCUUGUUUCAUUAUCUUAUUGUGUCUUUACUUUGUAUUUCUAAAGACAAGUAGCAAGGAUUGCAGUAUUUGUUUCUUUUAUAUACUUUUAUAUAUGUAUGGUAUGUAUUUUCCCUCUAAUUGUAGUAAAGUAGGGCAAUCUUUUCCCAAUAUGUUGUGGUGGGUGGUUUAGGAUUCUAUCAAUUGACCAAGAUUAAACAAUGUAACAGAAGUGUGAUGUAAGUUAAAGUAUAGACUUUCAUUAAACAAUAAUCUCCAAUUAUUGUGAUUCAGAGAAGUUCUUAUAAAUAAAUAUCAACUAUUAGUUUCAUAAAUGAAAACUGGCCACAUGUAAGUCAGCAUCAGUCACUGGUUAUGUGCCACCUCUUGUAUUGCCAGCUUGACUGGUGGGGCUCUGCACCUAAAGUGAGGGCUUCAAUAAAUUUAAGAAGACUACAGAACGCCAUUUUCUAAUACUUCGUAGGAUCCUGCUUUGCCAAGCACUGAUGGAAAAAAAAAAUCAUUUAAUUGUAGCAGGUCUUACUCGGGUUCAUAGGGGUGUUAAAAUAAGUGAAGGGUGGAUGCAGAGGAGAUCGAGUAACGUGCAGGAAAAACACAAAUAUUUCAGUUCUACAAAUAAUUGGACUAUUGUUUACAAUCUAGUCGAAGGUUUAAUUUCCAGAUAACUAGAAGACAUUCACUACAGGUCUACCUUUUGAAAAUAUGUGACAAUUUCAAGUUUUCAUUUUCAAGUCCACCUUCUGUGAGUAAUAGUACUUCUCAAGUUUAGUCCUCGAGGCACCCUGUGGAUCCAGGCUUCUGUUUCAACAAAUUUUAGUUAGUCACUUUCCCUUCAAUUGAUCUCAUUAUCAGAUUUCUCUUAUUUUGGUUUUAGAAAUGUACAAUAGUGUGUGAAUUAUACUUGCAAGAAAUUUUAAAAUAUGUGGCUACAGCUUUAAAUGCUUAAUUGUCUUUUGUCAUUGCCCUACCGAUUCACCUGUUUCUCAGUAGAGGUUGUUCCCUUAAGUGUAUCCUAAUAAUGACAAUGAAU